CCGCAUCCUGCAACAGCUGCCCGUUGGAGCCGCCUGACAAGGACCACCGUGCACCAUGGUGAAGCUGGGUUGCAGCUUCUCUGGGAAGCCGGGCAAAGACCCUGGGCACCAGGACGGGGCUACCACGGACAGCGUCCCUCUGAUCAGUCCCCUGGACGUCAGCCAGCUCCAGCCACCAUUCCCUGACCAGGUGGUUAUCAAGACACAGACGGAAUACCAGCUGUCCUCCCCGGACCAGCCAAAGAAGUUCCCCGACCUGGAGGCCCAGAAGCUGGCCUGUAACCACCCAGAGGAAGGGCGCAGGCUGCCCACCGCACGGAUGAUCGCCUUUGCCAUGGCGCUCCUGGGCUGCGUCCUAAUCAUGUACAAGGCCAUCUGGUACGACCAGUUCACUUGCCCCGACGGCUUCCUGCUUCGGCACAAGAUCUGCACCCCGCUGACCCUGGAGAUGUACUACACCGAGAUGGACCCCGAGCGCCACCGCAGCAUCCUGGCCGCCAUCGGGGCCUACCCGCUGAGCCGCAAGCACGGCACGGAGACACCCUCGGCCUGGGGGGGGAGCUACCGCGCAGUCAAGGAGGGGCCCAAGGCGCCCACCCAGGCGGGCGCGGCGGGGGCGGCGGCGGCGGCGGCGGGGGCGGCGGCCACCGAGCCCCCCGGCAAGACCUCCGCGCUGGGAGAGAAAGAGGCAGCGCGGAAGGCGGCAGGCAGCGUCCCGCCCCCGGCCCCCCAGUGA